AUGUAUCCUAGUAUUUUAACUGGUCGACGAAAAAUUCAUCCAAUAGAGUCUAUUCCAGGUGUUUUAGAAGGAUGGCAAUUGACUUUUGAUUUACGUGGUAUUCCAGCAGUAGAGCCAUGCUUUGGAAACAUUAAAGAAAAUCCUGAUUCUGAAAUUCAUGGAGUAUUACAUAAGAUGACGGAAAGUGAUUUCAAACGUUUACUAGCAACUGAAGGAGGAUCUGGAGUAGAUGCAAAUGGAUAUAUUCCAUAUAAAGUUAAUGUACAUGCUUAUGAUGGUCGUUUAAUUGAAGCGUAUGCAUUAGUAGUUCGUCAGAUAAGUCCAUCCAUACUAUAUCAUCAUGCAGUACCAAGUGCUCGUUAUAUUGGCCUUCUUCGUAAUGGUGCAACACAUUUUAAAAUUCAUCCGUUAUAUAUUGAAUAUUUACAAUCGUUGCCUUCCAUUGAACGUAAUAAGCCUAUCAUGUUAUUGGUUAUUAUUGAAGUAUUAUUACUUACUGCAUUGCUCUCUCCCUAUUGGAUUCCUAUAGUAAUUUAUUACGUAUGCACAAAGAGAAUUUUACAAGCUCGAGCAUUCUUUUUUACACUGAUGAUCGUUAACUUAUGGCGUGUCUAUCGUUUAUUUGGCUAUAAAAGUGUUAUUCAACCGUAUUAUUCGGCACCAUUUCCUUUAGGAAGUACAAAUUUUAAAGAGAACACAGCAGCAUUUCGUACUGAAGUGCAAACUGAUGAACAAACUCUACCGGAUACUGUACCAAACAUCCCGUCAGAAUCAAUUUUGUCUUCACCCUCUGUUGUAACAACUGCGCAACGAAAGAAUGAUUAA